AUGCCCACAGCGCUCGACUACAAAGGCUACCCGCACAUCAUGGCGCUCAUCGUGUCCUUCGCGCCGUGGUCGGCGAGGCUAAGCCUCCGCGCGACGUGCCGCGCGCUCCGGGACGACAUUACGCGGGACCUCAUGACGCACGUCGCGCUGUACACUACGCUCGACGAGAAAUGUCCCAGACCAACGUGGGACGAGAUGGCGGAAGACGACGAUGGCCGGAGGUGGGAAGACUACACCGAGAUUGCAAGCGUGCCCGCGUAUCCGGGCGAGGAGGUACACCUCCUCCCCUUCUCGCCGGGGUACGUGCACACCAUCGACCACGGGGAGCGGGUGUACGUCGGCGUAGACGCUGUGCACAACUGCAUGGUUUUGAGCAAGUUGUUUCCCAACAGGCGCACGGUUCGGGUGCUGCAGACCUUCGAGCCGGGUUACGCGGCCGAGAACCUCGUCUUCUUCAUCACGCUCCCCGUUGUUGACAACAUGCCAUGGGGGAUCGCGGAGUCGCGCCUCGUUCUCCAUGUGGUGUGGGACGAGGCCACGCUCACGGGGGACAACAAGAAGUGGCUCGACUUGUCGUUCCCAGGGAACAUCGCGCGCACCGACCUCGUUUUGUGGGGGAGUAACCCGCGCGAGACGCCCCAAGACGUGCUCUACCUGCUGCACAUUUGCGCCGCCGACCUCCUGCGCAUGACGGCCGCCGACGGCGUGAUGACGGUUGUGGGCGCCGACGCGCUGUCGUGCGACCGCGUGGAAGAGCAGUUCAAAGCCGGUGCCAAGGCGCGGCUCGCCAACGAGAAUAUACCUACGCAAGAACGGAUUGAAGGGAUCCGUUUCGUCACGCGCGAGGCAUGGCUUGAGGAGCUGGGAGAGGAUCGCCAGGCGCUGGGUUGCUGGCCCGUAGCAUAG